AACAAUAGCAACGUGUGAACGAACCACUUGUUGCUAUCUGCAAUCUAACAUCACCUGUAAGAUUGCGUUUUUUCAGUUUUGUGGAGUCACGACGCCACUAUCUGCAAUAAAUACAGCUGUAGCUCGAUGCGAUUAGCGUUAUUAACAUUUUAACAGUCGGUCGAAGCAGCCGAAAUUACCGCAGGGUCUGGAGCUGAUAACGCAGUUCUAGUCAACAAUCACUAAAAGCGCAUAUUUGUGACCUCUGGAAUGGCGACCAAGAAACUGGAUGCCAUAAUUUUCGGUGCGACCGGGUUUACCGGCAAGUACACGGUGCUCGAGGCGGUGAGCGUGCUGAAGGGCCUCCAGUGGGGCAUCGCCGGUCGCAACCAGGAGAAGCUGCAGUCGGUGCUCCGUGAGAUGGGGGCAAAGUCCAAGACGGACCUCUCCCAAACGCCCAUCGUGAUUGCGGACGUGAACAAUGAGGCGUCGCUGCUGGAGAUGGCCAAGCGCUGCCGGAUUGUGGUCAAUACGGCGGGACCGUACCGAUUCUUUGGCGAAAAGGUGGUCAAAGCCUGCCUGGAGGCGGGCACCCACCACGUGGACGUCAGCGGGGAGCCCCAGUACAUGGAGACGAUGCAGUUGCGCUACAAUGAUCUCGCCAAGGAGCGUGGCGUGUACGUGAUCAGCGCCUGCGGAUUCGAUUCCAUACCCGCCGACAUGGGCGUCACCUUCCUGGAGAAGAACUUCGACGGAGUGGUCAACUCGGUGGAGAACUUUGUCUACAUGGGUGUCAAGGGUGGCACCAAGGGCACGGGCACUGCCGCCCUCAACACCGGCACCUGGGAGAGUGCCAUUCACGCCAUCGCCAACCGGAGUGAGUCGGUGGCCAUCCGCCGGAAGCUGUUCCCCCAGCGCCUGCCCAGGUUCCAGCCGAGUCUGAAGUCCCGAACUCCGCUGUCCCGCGCCGCCGAGGUGGACAACAAGGUGAUCCUGCCCUUCCCCGAAACGGAUCGCUCGGUGGUGAUGCGCUCGCAGCGUUUCCUUUACGAGCAGGAGAAGAAGCGUCCCGUCCAGAUGCAGGCCUACAUGACAUAUCCCUCGUGGUUCGCGGCCAGUGUUGUGGUGCUCUUUGCCGCCGUAAUCGGUAUCCUGUCCAAGUUCUCCUUCGGCCGCCAGCUGCUGCUCAAGUACCCCGGCGUUUUCUCCGGCGGCAUGGCUUCCCGGGACGGUCCCAGCGAGGCCCGCAUGGAGCGCACCUUCUUCAGGAUGACCAUGAAGGCCACCGGAUGGCCCAAGACCGAGCAGCUGGCCGAGAGCACGGAUCAGUACAGCUCACCGCCCACGAAGACAUUGACCGCAAGGAUUACGGGUCCCAAUCCAGGCUACGGCGCCACCUGCGUGGCCCUGCUGUCCACGGCGAAGACCAUCCUCAACGAAAGCGACAAGAUGCCCGGCACUGGCGGAGUCCUGCCUCCAGGAGCCGCCUUCCGCACAACCAGUCUAAUCACCGAGCUGGAGAAACACGAGCACGGCAUCAAGUUCGAGAUCGUGGCCAACAAGUAGUGGCCAAAAACAAGGAGCAACUUUCAGAUUUAUAUAAAAACAUACAGACAUUCAAAA